AUGUCGAAACCACUCCAUCGCUUAGAGCCACCACCACCACCAUCUUCCCAUCACCCUUCAGCCUCUAGUCGACUGGACUUGGAGAGAGACACAGAGGCAAUCAAUCAUCUCACUUUGACUUCGCAAGCUGCUUGGCGGAUCAUUGCGAGGCUGCGAUAUACCACCAUCCGCUGGCGCAAGGACGAACCGCUGGAGGAGACUCCAUUCGAAUCUCCAUCGAAUCAGAUCUGUGACUUCGUACGCGAAGUGACAGAAGUCCCCAUCGACGAUGAUUCGGAGAGUGUCAUCACGACGAAAUUGGAGCAAUUCAUGACUUGCUAUCCCAAUCUGGAGGAUUCCGUCUCUCUCAAUCACUUGGACCAGCCGCAUUGGUUCAUGGAAGAGGGUCGCAAAAUGAAGUGGAUCGUCUGGCCGCGGUACGACUACUUUGUCGAGGAUGUCGCAGAACUCAAGGCUUUGACAUCUUCAGGUCAUAAUCUCGCUGUGAUCGAGUCAAUCGUCGGUGAAUUCGCUCAGGGAGAAGUCAAUCAGCCAACGACCAAGCCAGAAACCACGCUCGACAGUCUCGCAAACGUCAUUCUGACCUCUCAUGCCGCUUCACCGCCCGACUGGCUCCCAAAAAAUAUCGACACUGCUGCGUUGAUUGGAAUCAGAUGUCUGGGCAUCUCCUUUGACUGGUCUUCGGCGAGCUGGUCGGCCUUCAUACCAAAAUGUGGGGGAUUUUUGACGGAGAUGAGUCUUGCGCUGGACAACGGGACCUCCAGCAUCGAACUGGAUUGGUCGGCUGUCUUCCACGUAUUGGACUUAUUGGACUCUGUCAGUCGCCAUUCACCGAGCCUUGAAUGCCUCGAGCUUAAUGGUUUUGUUCAGGCGGGAACCUUCGCAUCCGCUUUCAAAGCAUCCACAGCGCUACUCAAGGGAAGGUUGAGGUCCUUGACUCUGAAUCACCAUCACGAAUUGACAACGCCCGAACAAUUGACCCUGACAGCGCAUGUCGCCAAUCUUUGUGCCCCAAACGCGUUCCUGGUGAUGGACGGAAGACUCUCAGACAAGGCCCUGCGCUUCUUUCAUGAGCACAGCCGGACGGACGAGGAUUACGAGUACUUCCAGCAAUUCGACUACACACCGUUCGAGGACGAUCCGGACCUCAUUUCACGCGCUGCAGUUUUGCCAAACGGACGAUUUCCAGCUGCCGACUUGAAGGAGACCUCUGAGGCCCUGCGUCGAGUGAAGGUCUAUCGGGACCUGGAGUGGAAAAUCUUGCAAGAUCGCCGUCAACUUGCUGAGAUACUUGGGCAGAGCAGAAAAGAUCGAGAAUUCCUGGUGCGCGCUGGCGUUGAAGUCGGCCCAAUCGAUGCCGAAGAUGUGAGCCGAAGUGAGGUUCUAGCUAUGGAGCGUUAG